UUUUUGUGAGAUUUUUACACAAAAAUGAUCUGAUUUAUAGUGCUAGCCUUGGAGUAGAAGUCUCCCCUCAAAAGUCAAAACAUCCAAACGCUCGGUAUCCCCAAUCAAAUGGCACACCCGCCGCCGUCUCCGUCGUCUUCCACCGCUCAAUACACCCAACAAUUCCUCAGUUCUGUCCUCUCCCAGCGCGGCCCUUCAUCCCUUCCCUACUCCGAAGAUGUCAAAUGGCUCAUCCGUCAACAUCUCAUCUCUCUCUCCGAAACCUAUCCCUCUCUCCAGCCCAAAACCGCAAUCUUCACCCACAACGACGGACGCUCCGUCAACCUCCUCCAGUCCGAAGGCACAGUUCCGAUGGUGUUUCAGAACGUCACCUACAAUAUCCCCGUCGUGAUCUGGCUCAUGGAGACUUACCCUCGUCAUCCGCCUUUCGUCUUCGUGAACCCCACGCGUGAUAUGAUCAUCAAAGCCCAACACUCUUUUGUUAAUCCAUCGGGAUUGGUUUCCAUCCCUUACCUACAAAAUUGGGUUUAUCCAAGCUCUAACCUGGUUGAAUUAACUCGUAAUUUGAGUCAUUAUUUUGGUAGCGACCCCCCUUUAUACUCUCAACGACGACCAAACCCUACAAACCCUACUCCAAACCCUAAUUACAAUCCAUCUGUAUCUUCAAAUGCAUCGCCUUCUGGUUCGAUUUCAGCGGGGUCUAUACGGCCAGCGAUUCCACCAAGGUCUUAUCCGCCAUCACCGUAUGGGAGUGCCUCCGGCAGUGGAAGGAUUCCAUCACCGUCUCCCCCACAGCGGUUAGGAUCAGCCACGGAGGAUCCUGGCGAGGUUUUCAAGCGGAAUGCCAUCAAUAAACUAGUGGAAACUGUUCAUGUUGAUGUUGAAGCGUUGCGGAAGAAGAGGGAGGUUGAAAUGGAAGGGAUGUUUACUGCUCAAGCGGUGUUGAGGCAGAGAGAAGAAGAGGUUUUGAAAGGAUUAAGAGAGAUGCAAUACGAAAAGGAAGCUUUAGAGCAGCAAUUACAGAUGGUUUUGAUGAAUACAGACGUGUUAGAAGGGUGGGUGAGAGAGAAUGAAGGAAAAUUGGGUGGAGAUACAACAAAUGUUAAUGGCGAUGAAGCUUUUGAGCCAUCAGAUCCUUUAUCAAAACAGAUGCUGGAGUCAACUUCAUCUGAUCUUGCUAUAGAAGAUGUAGUUUAUGCAUUGGAUAAAGCUGUUCAAGAAGGGUCAAUACCAUUUGAUCUCUAUAUGAGGAAUGUAAGAUUAUUAUCUAGAGAACAGUUCUUCCAUCGUGCAAUGGCUGCAAAAGUCAGGGCUGCUCAGAUGCAAGCUAAAGUUACAACAAUGGCUUCCAGGGCACCUCCAUAUGCUAUUUGAGUCGGCCUUCUUGUUGUGUGGUAUGUGCAGCUUAUAAAAAAAAAAAACCAAAGUUGAUGAGUCAUCCUUGUUUAUUUCUCAUCAUGUUUUCACCUUUACUUGUGAAGAUCUGUGAAUUCAUUACAUAUGUGUUGCUCACUUUCAAAGACUUCUUAUAGAACAAAGAACAAGAUUAUUUUAAUUUGAUAUUGCUAGCAUAAACUAUAGGGUGUUUGGAGUUGUGUUUUGAAAGUGAUUAUGCGAUAUUUAACAAUUAUAAUGAGAUAAUUAGUUUUAAUAAAAUGUUUUACUAGAGGUAGUAUAUGAUCA